AUGUCGUGUAGUAUAAGUCAGAAAUAAGACUCUUUUAGUAACCAAGAAACAAUUGAAAAAGUAAGCGAAAGAAUUUCUAAGAAAGAAUAAAUAGAAAUGAAAAGAUAAUUAGAUGUGAUGAUUAAUAGAGUUAAAAUGUUGGAAGUGUUUCGAUAACGAUUGUAACUUUUCUGAGUAUUUAGAUAAGGGAAACAGAUGUAAAGUGAAAUAAAAAAUGAAUAGGUAAAUAGUAUUAGAAAUCAGUAUAAUGAAUACUUGAAGUAGGUAUUUUAUAAGUUAUCUAUUUAGUAAAGUAAACAUAAAGAAUCUAGGGAAUAGUCUCUUGAACUUUUUAGAGAAAAAACUAAGCUCUUAAAAUAAUAACAAUUAAAUCUUAAAGUUUAAAUUCGAUAAAGUGUACAGCAAUAGAAGAAGGAAUAAUUUGAGUUAAUGAAAAAGCAAUCUUUAAAUCAUGAUAAAGUUAUUAUUCUCUAAAAGGAAAGAUCAAAAACAUACAAUCUAGAGAAGAAAUAAAAAGUUCAACAAUAUGAAUAGUAACAAUAAUUACACUUAGCUCUGUACAAAUAAUAAAAAUAAGAUUAAUUUAAAUCUUAACAUAAGAAAGCAGUCCUUGAUAGCUUUAGAUAAAAGGCUUAGGACUUCAUGAAAAUACAAUAAUUAUGGGAACAAGAAUAAGAUAUUCUAGAUUAAUUAAAUGAUUCUUAUCAUUCAAGAUUGACUUCUUCAAUGAUAAAGAACUGA